AAUAAAAUAAAAAAUAUCCACAAAUUCAGUUUCUUGUUGUUUUUGUAAUCUUAUCUCUAAUUCUCUGCAUUUGAAGGUCUUUUCAAUUAAUUUCUCUUCAAUAUUGAAUAGUUUUUUAUGAGUAGAAAUUAGUGUCUGAGAAGAUCAAAAGAUGCAGGGGAAUUGUGUACAAGAACUAGUGAAUGAAUUAAAGAUGAUGAAACAACAAUUAGAUGCAGCAGAAGAAGAUAAAGCUCGAGUUAUCGACGAAUUGCGAGAAAUGAAAAGGGUAUCAAAUGAAGCUAAUAUGAGAUUAAGCGAGGUUUUAUCUUCACAAAAAACACAAAAACAGCAGGAUUCUUCGUUAGUUAGUGAAUUAGAACAAGUUAGUAUUCUUUCAGCUAAGAAAAGAGAUGAAGCUUGGCAGCUCGAACUCGAAGCGGUUCAGAAACAACAUACAUUAGACGUUGAAGCGCUUUCGCAGGACCUUAUAAUGGUUAAGAAACAAUUGGUUGCAGCAGUUGAAGCCACGGAGGAAGCGCGGAAUGCGGCGAAUGCUAAUGAAAUGAAAGUUAAGGAAUUAUCUGACGCGCUUAAUUUGGUGAAGGAGGAAUUGGAUGAUUCGAGCGAGGAUUUGGAAAUCCGGGAGAAGAACAUUGAGUCCCUUAAGUUGCAGUUGGAAAGAAUGAGGCUAAAAGAAGCGGAGUUCGAAGAAAAAGAAGCAAUUUUAGAGAAGCUUAGAUCGGAAUUUAAUAACGCGAAAGAAGUAGAAUCUCAUACUAAGGAGUUAUUAUGUGAAAGCCAGAUAAGAGUGCAUCAAGUUGAGGGUGAAAUGGCGAAAGCCAAGGAGGAGGAGCGAAAAUUGGCAGACUUGGUGGAUUGUCAGAAGAAAGAGCUGGAGGAAGCUAAGAAUGAGGUUAUUUCUCUUCAGAAGAAAGUUUUGAAUUUGGAAGAUUUGGUUGCGGAAACUAGAAGAGAUGUUGAGAUGACGCACAAGGAUCUUGAGACGGCGAUGUUUGAUUCAGAUACUAUGAAAGAAAAAGUUGAAACUCUCAAGUCUAAGCUUCACGUUGCGAAAGAGGAACUUGUUCAUGCUAAGGAGGGUCAAGAACUUGCAUCAUCUAAGGCAGACAGAUUGGAGGAAGAACUGGAUAAGUUACGUCAGGAGAAAACUACGUUCCGAAGUGAGUUGAAGUUAGCUACUGAAGCAGAAGAGAAAAGCAGGACGGCGAUGGAUGAACUUGCAUUUGUUGUGAUUCAAGUUUCAAAAGAAAACAAUGAAACCAAGGAGAAGCUCAGCAAUACACAAUCUGAGCUUAAAGAUGCAAGAGAAGAAGUCGAAAGCUUAAAGAAGGUGUUGAAGAAUACUGAGGAUAUGUUUCAGGGGAUGUUGGAUGAAGUAAAGAAGGAAAGAGACAGGCUUAAAGAUGAAGCUGAGAGGCUGAAAAUUGAAGCUGACGAAUCGAUAUGGUCGUGUAAUGAAAGAGAACUCGGGUUUGUCAAUUGCAUCAAAAGGGCUGAAGAGGAGAGUAAUGCUUUAAAAAGAGAGAAAAUUAAACUGGCAGAAUCAACGAAAGCCGCGGAAAGUAUAGCUUUAAAAACAAGAGAUGAGAAUUGCAAGCUGAGGGACAUACUAAAACAAGCCAUAAAUGAGUCGACAGUUGCAAAAGAAGGUGCAGAGAUUGCUCGAGCCGAAAACACCAAUUUAAAAGACGUACUAUUGGAGAAAGAUUAUAUCUUGCAGAGUCUUGCUAAAGAAAACGAGGCCCUUAGAAUCAAGGAAGCUGCAGCACAUGAGAAUAUCAGGGAGUUGAAGAGGUUGUUAAACUCUUCUGCAUCAUCGACAAUGGAAACGAAGACGACUGAGGAGAAACAACAUCUUGGAGAAGUACUGAAAGAAGUACAAAACUCAAACUCUGUCCUUAAGGAACAUUCAUAUAGUAAGAAACUAACUGAAGUUCUUUCUGUGAAACUAGAGGAAGUGAAAGUCCCACAUAGCAACUACCACAAGACCACCAUGGAUGUAGAAGAGGACCCUGAAAAGGAAGAAAUGCUCAAAGGUUCGAUAUUCGACAUGGCGGAUUCACCAGUUGCACCACCAAACCAUAACAACCACCAUAAAACGCCACCUUUGAAAACACCACCUUCGAGAACACCAUCUUCGACUUUUGUGGAUGAUGGAGAAAUGUUAACCCUGGAAGAUUUAGAGAAUCUAGAUGGGAGUCAACUGGAUGAUAUGGAUGGGGAUAGGAGCUCGCAGAGAAAGAAGAAAGCGUUGUUAUGGCGAUUUGGUGAUCUUAUUAGGAAAACUAGCUUCCACAGGAGGGAACCAUCUAUUGGUCAAGUGCUUGUAAGUUUAGCUAGCUAGCUAUCUCUUUUAUCGCAUAUACAUUUAAUAUAUCCCAAUCCAUUACAGGGGCAUUGUAUAGCUUUUGUUUGCCUGAAUUCUGGAGAUUGAAACUUAUACGUAUAGUCUGUACAUUUCGUUAUGUAAUUGAGUGAAAAUUAUAUGAAUAUGUAGUCUAAGCAUUUGCCUAACCACAUGGCUGGAUGCUAUCAUUAUUACUCGA